UAAUUUUUUAUAAUUAAUUAAUUUAGUUAAUGUUCGAUUUUAUUAGAAAGUGAAUUGAUAAAAACACAAUUACAAGGAUGAAUGAAUUAGACACAAGCUACCAUCAUUAUCCACAAUAUCAUCCUCCACAAUACCAUACAAGUAAUGCUGGAGAUUGUUUCACAAAAUGUCCAUCAUUUGAUGUGAACGAAUUAGGACCAUUUUUAAGUGCAACUUGUUCAUUAUUACCAUCGGUUAUAUUGUUUAUGUCAUUGUUAGAGAAAUACGUACGCCGACAAUGUGAUAUUGUGGAUCCAUGCGCACGCGUUAAAUCAUUAAAUGAAAAAUUUAAUCAUAACUAUGAUAAAUUAAAUGAUUAUUUAAAUCAAAAGAACUAUUCAUUUAUUAUUGUUGGUGGUGGAUCAGCUGGAAAUGUGGUUGCUGCACGUUUAGCAGAAAUCCAUCAUUGGAAUGUAUUAUUGAUUGAAGCUGGACAUGAUGAACCACCAGGAGCGACAAUACCAUCAAUGACAGCCAGCUUUUGGGGUGAGCAACAUGGUAUGGAUUGGAAUUAUAAAACUGAACCGCAAGAACAUGCUUGCUUAGGCAAACCAGAAAAACGUUGUUCAUGGCCACGUGGUAAAGUACUGGGUGGAACAGGUGUUAUUAAUGGAAUGAUGUACUUACGUGGUAAUCAAUAUGAUUAUGAUUUAUGGGAACAAUUGAUUAAUGAUCAAGAUGGACAUUUAUGGAAUUGGAACAAUGUAUUACCAUAUUUUAAGAAAUUAGAAUCAACUCAACAAAUGAAAGAAUUAAAUUUAGAUCCAAAAUAUCAUGGUACAACUGGUCCAAUGACUGUUUCACAAUUCCCAUAUCAACCACCGUUUGCACAUGAUAUCCUAGCGGCUGCAAAACAACAAGGUCUGCCAGUUUCUGAUGAUUUAAAUGAUCCAAAACGUUUAAUUGGUUUUGCAAUUACCCAGACCAACAAUAGAAAUGGAACACGACUGUCAUCAGCUAAAGCUUAUCUACGACCACAUUACAAGAAACCAAAUCUAGACAUCCUUUUGAAUACAACCGUUUUAAAAUUAUUAAUCAACGAAAAAACAAAAGCUGCUUAUGGUUUACAAUAUCAAAUUAAUAACAACGACAAAGUGUAUGAAAUUAAAAAUGUUGAAAAAGAAAUUAUUUUAUCAAGUGGCACAUUAAAUUCACCAAAACUAUUAUUGGCAAGUGGAGUUGGACCGAAAAAAGAUUUAGAAGAGGCAGGAAUCAAACCAAUUCAUGAUUUACCAGGCGUUGGUCAAAAUUUGUUAAAUCAUGUUGCAUAUGGUUUAAGUUUCUUGUUAAAGAAUUUAACAAAAACCAAUCAUAUUAAUUAUGCUUCAGUAAUGGAAUAUUUAUUUGAACGAAAUGGACCAUUAUCUGGCAGUGGAAUGGCACAAUUAACUGGAAUAUUCCCAUCAAAAUAUACAAAUGCAAGUUAUCCAGAUUUACAGUUAUUCUUUGGUGGAUUUUAUGCAAGUUGUGGUGAUGGUGCAAUUGAAGUUGAACACGAAUGUGAAGGACAAGAAUCGAAACCAAAACAAACUGAAUUCUUUUCAAUCAGUGUUGUUAAUUUACAUCCAAAAUCUAAAGGAUACUUAAAAUUAGCUUCAGACAAAGAUUAUUUAACAAAACCACCAGCAAUGCAACCAAAAUAUUUAUCGGAAAUCGAUGAUGUUAAAGUAAUCAUUGACGGUAUUAAUUUGGUUUUGAAUAAUUUCACAAAAGCACAAAUACUACAAGAUAAAUAUCAAAUUUACUUUAUUGAACCUACAAUGCCUGCAAAUUGUGAAAGUUUAACUAAAUUCAGUGAUGAAUAUUGGGAAUGUGCAAUUCGUCAUAAUACUGGUCCAGAAAAUCACCAGGUUGGAACAUGUAAAAUGGGAUCCGAGAAGGAUGAGAUGAGUGUUGUAUCACCGAAAUUAUUAGUACAUGGUUUAAAGAAUGUACGUGUUAUUGACGGAAGUGUGAUGCCAUAUUUACCAUCGAGUAAUACACAAGGACCAAUAUUUAUGAUUGGUGAAAAAGGUGCUGAUUUUAUUAAAGAAUAUUGGUUAGGUAUGUGGAUGCAACAAAAACAUACUGGUUUCUAUCCAUGGAAUAAUCCAUCAUGGAAUAGUCCUCAAUGGAAUCGUCAUAAUUAUCCUGGAUCACCAUCAUGGAGUUCAUCUGGAUUACCAUCAUGGAGUUCACAUGGUCCACACGGUCCACAUGGAUCACACGGACCCCCGGGUCCUCAUAAACAUUGGUAAAUUUUAGGGUAUAAAUGAUCUAAUUUAUUGAAAUAAUUUAUUAAUUACAAAA